AGCGAGCGAGCGAGAGAGGGGGGGAGAGAGAGAGAGAGAGAGCGAGCGAGAGAGAGGGGGGGAGUGAACGGGCAGCAGCACUGCGCCCUUCACUUUAUCGAUAUCGAUCAGUUUGGUAAUAAAGACAUUUCUAGCCGCCGCGGGGCCGUUGGGCUAGCUCGGGAGCUAGCCGGAGCACCGGGAGCUAACGCCAUGGGACGCAUGUGAAGCAGCCCGGGAGCUAACAGCAGCCUGGCGGAGAAAGAAACAAGGAAGCGGACGGCUAGCUGCGCUACACAGAAGCUAACGUUGGCUAACUGGUGGCUGAUAUUCAUUCUAAUGAGCGACCCAGGAGCAUGCGACCUGAUACGAAGAGGUGAGCCGCAGUGUCCAUGUGUGGCUGACUUGUUCGGGGAUGUCGGGCAGUAAGGCGCUGGGCGGGGGGGCUGGCGGCGGGGCGAGGCGCAGGCGGACUCGGUGCCGGCGCUGCCAGGCCUGCAUGAGGACCGAGUGUGGAGAGUGCCACUUCUGUAAGGACAUGAAGAAGUUCGGAGGGCCCGGCCGGAUGAAGCAGUCCUGCCUGCUGAGACAGUGCACGGCGCCGGUGUUGCCUCACACGGCGGUGUGUUUUGCAUGUGGAGAGGCGGGAAAGGAGGACACGGUGGAAUCGGACGAUGAGAAAUUCAGCCUCUCUCUGAUGGAGUGUACCAUCUGCAACGAGAUCAUCCACCCCAGCUGCCUGAAGAUGGGCAAAGCUGAAGGAAUCAUCAACGACGAGAUCCCAAACUGCUGGGAGUGUCCCAAGUGCCACAAGGAGGGCAAAACCAGUAAGGACCAGGCGGACGGCUCGGGGAAGCGGCGGCUGGAUAACGGGGAGGUGGGACGCUGGAAGCUCACCGAUGACCCGCCCCCGAAGAAGAAAGCCCCGCCCUCCCUGGAGGAGGGGGGGAGGGCGGAUGGGGGGCACAAGAGGAAGAAGGAGAAGGAACUUCCUGCCGACAGUGGGCCCAAGAAGAAGAUGAAAGGUGGCCACGAGAAACGCCUCAAAAAGAAACCCAAACAGGAAGGGGUGGAGUCCAACGGUCCCACCUCGUCCUCAGGGGGCGGAGUUGGAGGUCUUCAGAGCUCCGCCUCCUCUUCCUCUCAGCCGGGGGGAGGCGGCGGGGGAGGAGGGGGAGGCGGAGGGACGUCAAGUGCCGACCAGCGUUCCCAUCACCGAGAGAAAUUAGAGCGCUUCAAGAGGAUGUGUCUACUGGAACGCCGGCCCGAGUCCUCGUCCUCGUCCUCCUCCAGCUCAGAGUCCGACUCCGAGUCCGACUCCGACGACUCACUGAGAGGGGAGCAGGGUGGGGGCUCCUCACCGUCCUCCUCCUCUCCGGCCCCGCCUCCUCCUGUUGUCUACGGAAACAGCAGCGGGGGCCGAGCGGAGCGAGACCGGAGUCGCAGCGAGCGGGAGAGGGAGCGAGAACGAGAACGAGAACGAGUCCGCCGACUCGCCGAACUCGGGUUCAGCGCCAGCGAGGAGUCUGAGGGGGAGGGGGGGCGGGGGGAGGAGGAGGAGCGGGAAGAGGAGCCAGCUGGAGGGGGUGGGGACAAGGCCCGGCGGAGAGAGGCGGGACUACCGCCACGAGGGCGAAAAACAGGGCAGAUAGAUGGAGAGGAUGAGGACACGCCCACCUCUGACAGGACCAGGAAAAACUCCACCUCCCUGCCCCCACCCUCGCCCCUCUCCUCCAAUCAGAUGCCUCCGUCCUCGCAGCAUGAUGGCUUCACGGGGAAGCAGCGCAGCAACGGGCAGGAAGCUCGCAAUGGACGGACACGAGGAGGGACGGGAGGAGGUGGGAGGGAGGGGGGGGAGAAGGAGAACGCCAGCGGAGUUCUGACCAAUCACAGACACGGCGUGGGAGCAGGGGGCGGGGUCAAAGGCAGCGGGAGCCGCAGCAACAAGAUCCGUAGCAACAGUAAAAACCAGACGUCAAAGAACAGCGUGUCCUCCUCCUCUUCCAUCCCCACCUCCAAUGGGGGAGGGGGCGGGGCCAGCGGCCUCAUGAUGUCAGCGAUGGCUGCGUCGCCCUGCUCGCAGCCGUCCCGCCUCGCCCCACGCUCUCAGAUGAUGAAGCGCAGUCCGCCCGCCGUGCCCUCGCCACCCCGACCCGUUCAGAUGGAGCGACACCUGGUCCGGCCGCCGCCCACCUGCCCUGAACCCAGCUGCUUGCCACUGGACUGUGGCUCCGCCCACAUCAUGACCCGCGAUGUCUGGCUGCGAGUCUUCACCUACCUGAGCCACCGAGAGCUGUGCGUCUGCAUGAGGGUGUGUCGCACCUGGAGCCGCUGGUGCUGUGAUAAGAGGCUGUGGACUCAGAUCGACCUGAGCCGGCAGCGCUCCAUCACCCCCCCCAUGUUGAGUGGUAUAAUCCGCCGCCAGCCCGUCUCCCUGAACCUGGGUUAUACCAACAUCUCCAAGAAGCAGCUCAUGUGGCUCAUCAACCGCCUACAAGGUCUGCUGGAGCUGAAUGUGUCUGGCUGUGCGUGGCCGGCCGUCUCUGCUCUGUGUCAGGCCGUCUGUCCCUGUCUGAAGCUGCUGGACCUCAGCAGGGUGGAGGACCUGAAAGACUCUCACCUGAGGGAGCUGCUGGCCCCGCCCCCCGACACCAGGACAGCUCACGGUGAGACCAGAGUGGGGCGGUUCCAGAACGUGACGGAGCUGCGAUUGGCCGGUUUGGACCUGACGGACCUCUCGUCCCGCCUGCUGGUUCGUUACGUUCCUCACCUGUCCCGGUUAGAUCUGAGUCAGUGUGGAAACAUCACCGACCAGACGGUGCACACCCUCACCUCCCCCAUCUCCCCCCUGAGAGAGAGCCUCACCCACAUCAACCUGGCAGGUUGUGUGAAGGUGACCGAUCAGUGUGUUGCGUUGUUGCGACGCUGCAGCUCCCUGCAGUCGGCGGACCUGCGCUCCUGCUGCCUCGUCUCCUCUGAGGCCGGACAGCUGCUCUCCUUCCCCUCCUCCUCCUCCACGUCCUCGUCCUCCUCCGCCGUCGCUGCUUCGUCCUCCUCCUCCUCCUCCACGCCGGCCUCCUCCUCUUCUUCCUCCUGUCCUCCUGAAGACAGAACGCUGCUGAAGAACAGCUAAAGUCCUCCAUGUCAGGUGACACUGCAGUCCAGGUGGCUGACGAGCCCCGCCCCCUCCUGGUUACACUACAGACAGGUGAGGAGGAGCAGGAGGAGGAGAAUGUACUUUGGGAAAGUUGUGGGUAAUAGUUAAAUAGAAACCCUGAGCAUGUACAUAUUUGUUCUCUGUACAAUUUUGGGUGUUUGUAUAUAUCUGUAGUUUACUGUAAAUGACGCCCCCUCCCUGAAAACCUCCUCCCUCCUCUCCUGCCCUCCUCCCUCCUCCUCCCGUCUCCUCCUCCCUCCUGUCCUGCCGUCCUCCCGCUCUUCGACCAAUCACCGCACUGCUCAUCCAGCCCUCAUCAUGUCCAUGUUGGGUUUCUGUGGCUCUGACCGCCAUAUUUAAAACCACCACAGGCUGCAGGGAGGUCGCGGCUACGCUAACAGUUUCCCUCUGCUUCCAGUCUUUGUGCUAAGCUAAGCUAACCACAGCCGUCUGUUGAUCCAGCAAACCGGAGUCAGGCUUGUCCAGAGACGAUUCCAAUAAAGUUUAUUCAAGCAGAGCGCCACUAUCGACGGUAACCAGCUGAUUUUCUUCAUCGCCUCCAUCAUGUUUUCUGUCAGACAGCAGAAAUCUCCCGUUAGCAGCUGCAGCUAACAACGGUUGUCACUAUUGAUCAAGAAUCAAGAAUUCCUCUUCAUGUUAGAGACGCUGGAAACAUUGCUGGACUUGUGUUUUUAAGAUGACAAUCCACCACAACUAAUGAUCCGGUCCAGUAGCCCAUAUUUAAUUUAGCGUCCUCACACAGAAAUCCGCUGACUGUUCUCUAAAUUCAUUCAUUAAUCGUGUCCGACCUGUUGGAAGAUGAAACGAUGUCGCCGACACGGUGAAGUAGUUUGUCUUCCAAAACUACAACAUGUUUAAUUCACCGAUGUGAUGUUGAAACAGCUGGAAGGACAACUGAUCUUCUGUUGAUCCACCGACAGAUUCAUCGGCUCGUCAGGCUGAGUUGAUUCUCUGAGCUACAGUCGGAUUAUUCAGGCCGUGAACCUCCGGCAGCAAACCUCAAGCACAGAUUCAAUGCUGUCAGUGCUUCAGGUCUGAUCUGAACACAAACAUGAACUGUUUCAGAGUCUGGACACGAGCAACUGUAAACUGGAGGAAUCAUUUCACUAUUAAAUCUCCCACGUGAUCAUCUGGAUCACAUGUUCUGACAGUAGAUCUGAGCUGGACAUGUUAGCGGGUGGCUUCAGACCAGCCACUCCCUUCCAGUCUUUGUGCUGAGCUAGGCUAAGCUAGGCUAAGCUAGGCUAGGCUAACCAGCUCCAAACUGACUCCAUCUUGUCUAAAAUGCGGGACUGUUCCUUUAAACGCUGCAGUUAGUUUGUUUCCUCGGCAGGUGAACUUUGGUCAGGUGUGUGUGUGUGUGUGUGUGUGUGUGUGUGUGUGUGUGUGUGUGUGUGUGUGUGUGUGUGUGUGUGUGUGUGUGUGUGUGUGUGUGUGUGUGUGUGUGUGUGUGUGUGUGUGUGUGUGUGUGUGUGUGUGUGUGUGUGUGUGAGCCUCGAUGUCUCCACAUUCGCCUCAAUCACUCCUCUUUGAUUUUCUACAUGGUGUGUUUUCUCAGGAGUAUUUUGUGUUUUUUGUUUUCUUUGAGGUUUAAUUUAUUUUCCACAUUCCUGAUAGUUUUCUGCUCAUUCUCACUCCUUCGUUGUUUUUCUACGUCCUGAACGUUGUUGAUUAAACUUAAUGUGUGUUCUACUGAAGCCCGUUUCUGUCUGGAAAAGAAGAAAACAUGGACAAUAAGUAAUAAGAUGUGAGUCAACGCUGAGAUAAAUUGAGAUCAGGAGGUUUUCUUACUUAAAGAUUUAAUCUUGAGGUCAUGAUAACCUGUCUUUACUCUCUCAUGAUCUUGAUUUACCUCAUAAUCUGGAUUUACUGCCUCAAAGUCUGGAUUUAUUUCAGAAUCUAGAGUUACUAUAGUCUUUAAGUCACUAUGUCACAAUUCUGAUUCAUAACCUUCAUGUAAUUUAAUCACAAUAACCUCGACUUGUCCAGUAAUCUAGAUUUACUGCCAUGAAAUCUCAAAUUCAUGUCAGAAUCUGGAUUUACUGUAAUGAUCUUGACUUUUUCUCUAAUCUUGGAUAUAGUUUAUCAUAAUGCUAGUUCAUGUUUUAGAAUCUCGAUUUGUCUCAUAAUCUGGAUUUAUUUUAUAAUGUUGGAUUUGUAAGUUUGGUUUAGUUUAUCAAAUCCCAUAAUUUACCAACCUAAAGCUCGACUUAUUUCCUUGAUUUAGUUUAUCAAAACAUUAAUUUACCAAAUCAGAAUCGAAGACUUUUUUGAAAUCUGGACUUAUUUUAUAGUCUUGACUUUUGUCCCAUAAUCUGGAUUUACUGUCUUGAAAUUUUGACUUAUUACAUCGGGAUAGUUUGUCAUGUUCUUAGUUUACUAUAUCAGAAUCUUGAUGUCCUGCUUUUAUUUCCAAUCGGAUGAUUUUGAUUGAUCAGAAUCUGGGAUUUAUAAUGUUGAUUUAGGUUGUUCAUGAUUUCAAUUUACAUGAUCAGAAUCUGGAUUUGUCUCAAAGUCUUGAUUUAUAUCUUGUCCAGAAAUAUUGACUGUUGUGAUCUAGAUUUAUCUCAUCAGAAUCUAGAUAUUCUGUCUGCUCAUCUUGUUUUCAUAUCAGAUAAUCGUGACUCAUCAGGGUUUAGAUUAUUACUCUCUCAUAAUCAUGACUUCAGGUUUUAUAUCCUGAGUUGUCUCAACAUAUCUGAUUUAUAGACUUCAUGGUUGUGAUGGAGUAAAUCUAAUGCUUCCCAUAAUAUUGAUUUCUCGUAAUCUCGACUCACCAUCUUCUAAUUUAAUUUAGAGUCUACUAUUUCAGAUUUAGUCCGUUUUAAUCCUGAUUUACGGAUCCUGUUUUCUUCUUUUCUUGGCUGAAAUGGGCUUCUGUGGUUUCUCAGGGGCUUCACUUGUGAAAACUGUCUGAAUUUCCUGUCAGUUAUUGUUAAAACUAAGUUAUUCUUUUAGAGUUUCACGUGAAAACAGUAAAUCUUUGUCUGCAGAUUUAAAUCCAAACUUUCAUAAGUGAUGUUUCUGACGUGGUGGAGAGUCUUCAUGUCUUCUGUUGUUUUUCUUCAUGUAUGUGAACUCGGCUGCCAUCAUGUGAGGCAGCAGCACUGAGGGGGUGGGACAUGUUCUGUUCAGGUUCUGUUCAUGUUCUGUGUUUUAUCAUGUUCACGACCACAUCAAGCACAUCAGCCUACAGUCACCAGUAAUCACUAUUAGUUCCGUCUUACUGCCUUGUUCUGCUUACCAUGUUGGUUAGCUUCCGCUAAGUUAGCUGCACAGCGUCCUGUUAGCCUCAUCGCUCCAUAUCAGCUAACAGGUGCGAUUGUCAGUUUCAGGUGUUCACUUUCUGCACUGUUCUCAACCUGAAGAACAAACAUGUGAAACAGAGUCAACUGUUGAAGUCACGGCGACAGAACAAGCAGCCAUUUUCUCUGGCUAGCCAGCAGUAGCUAGAAAGCUAACCACACUUUGUUCUUGUGGUUCUAGUGGUCAUUUCCCCCACUUUAGCUCCGCAUUGACAGCAAGUUGUGUAAUUAGCCUUUUAGCAAGCUGAGGUAACAUGCUAACACUGAUUAGCGUUAGCGCAGGUCUGCAAAUCAGUCAGGAAAACAAAAACUGAAAAAAAAGUCGAUUAUAUUAUGUUGAGAAAAUUAGCAGGAGAUUGCCAUCCCCAGCUAUGUUAACAUUAGCUUAUUAAUAAAAUUAAGCAACAAGCUAACUCUGGCUUGAUCCAUGUUGGUUUGCUUUUUCCACAUUAGCUUCAUGGUACCAUGUUGGCUUCAUUGCUACAUGUGACUUAGCUGGUUUCAGGUUUCCACUCAGAUACCCAAAAAAUGCAAAAAUGAAAAUUUAAAAAAUUAACUCCAGACUACUCGUUUUCCAAGCUAGCUAACUUAUGUUAGCCUGCUAGAUGGAGAUUGUUAACAGUUUGCUUUAGGCUCAACUGAAAAGUGGAUUUAUUUAGUCGAGUGAAAAUUAAGUAAACCAAGAGCAUCGUUCUCAGACAUUAUUAAGUGAAAUUUGGCAAAUUCUGUUUUCAGCUGCUAACAUGUAGCUCACAUUAGCGAGCUUGAACAACGAGCUAACUCUGGCUUGAUCCAUGCUGGUUAGCUUUUUUGACAUUAGCUUCUUGGUACCAUGUUAGUUAGUGGUUUCUGUGUUCCACUGAGAGAACAUAAAGUUCAUGAAAUGGGACCAAAAAUGAAUAUUUUCUGGGAAAUAUGGAGGCAGGAGGAGCUAGCGUUAGCUUCUGACAGGGGCUAAAGUUUUGUCUUGGACUGAGAUUAAAAGUCCAUUUUCUGUUUAGGAGUGAAAAUUAAAGUAAAUGUGAUCAACGUUCUCAUGAUUUAUCAAGAAAAAUUCAGUUUUCGUGUCUUGUUUCUAAUUUGCUGCUUGUGUUUGGUUUUAACUGGCUGUAAAUCUAAAUGUUUGAGCUGCUGUGACUGAAUCUCAUGUUUGGAGGUUUUUCACAGUGAACUGGUAAAAGGUGAAUCAGUGAAAUUACUGUCAGUUGCAGCUGCUCUUUUAUCUGAGUGAAUUUUGCAGCACUGCGUUGUUUUGCUGCAACUUCGAGGUGAAUUAAAGUAUUAUAGGAGCUGUUGCCAUGACGCCCUGUUGUGCCAUAAACGCACCAGAUCAACUGUUGACGUGUGAAUGGUCAUUUUUUUAUACUUUAUUUUUGUAUUUGUUGUGAUUUUGAUGUUUUUUACUGUAUUGUGGUGGCGACGCCUCACAUGCUCUGUUCAUGAUGCUUCAAAGUUCACCCAGCAACAAGUGAGGAGUUCAGAUCUGAUUGGACAAUAAUCCCUGAAAGCUCUUAUCCAAUCAGACGGCCGGACACGUCUCACCUGCUCCUCAGUCUUAGUAAAGCUGAAUCUCUUUGUCAAUGUUUUAAAGAUGCACUGGAUCAUCGUCUUCAUCACCUUCAUCCUCACCGUUUGCCAAAUGUAGUUUUUUGUUGUGAAAUGGGGCAUUUUAUCCUGUUUUUCUUUGUGUUUGGUUCUUUUUUAUACUUUGUCCAUGAUUCUUCCAUUGUGUUGAUGAUGAAAAAAUGAGGAAGAAGUUGGAACAAACAAUAAAAAGAGACACAAAAAGACCAACUCAAGGCAGCUACGUAUGAGUGACUACUGUAAAAUGACUAAUAAAGAAGCAAUGGGUUUGUUUUUA